GCCACACGUGAGCCGCCCUGCUGUUCUCUUUAUCUAGAACGAUCGAUUCCAGUCACCUUAAAUCACAAUCAUCGCAGGAAAAGCUCGGCCGUGCUGUGCUCGAGAUGUGCUGGCUGUGGUCUGUGACGCUGACUUUGUUGCUGAUGAACCAAAUUCAGCGUUUUCGCUCCCAGAGCGAAGCCCCCAGAGAGACGGUGACCUGCAGGAGCGACGACAUGUUCCUCAUUAUUCACAAACGCGGCCUUCAGUCGUCGCCCCGUCUUUAUGUUCAAGACCGACACGGCAACUACCUCAGCAUGAGGGACCACGCCAGACAGUGUCUUUAUGACCUGUUAGAGACUCCAGGCUUCCUCAUCUUGCGGGUUUCACACAGCAGCUGUCAUGUUCACAGAAGGGUUCGUGGUGGGAGCAUCACAUUUUGGGUGAAUAUCGUGGUAGAAAAGGCUUCUCGUUCCAAACAGGCAUCAGUAUUCAGAGAAGCACCUUUCAGAGUGACUGUCUCUUGUACCUAUGCACUGAUCAAUACAAGCAGUAGCACAAGCUUGACUAUUAGGGAUCCGAAAUCAACAACAGUGCCUGCCCUGAAAAAGGAGGGAGUGCUGCGUGCUCAGAUGAGGUUUGCCACAGAUUCUUCUUUCAGGAACUUUUAUGAAGACCAGCUGCAUCCAACGAUGCACACACUGGGGGAGCCAGUUUUUGUGGAGAUUUUUGUCCUGAAGCGUGAGGACAAAGAUCUUGUGCUUCUGCUUCAUGACUGUUGGGCCACUCCUAGUGCUGACCCCCAGGACGAGCGCCGAUGGGAUCUGCUGCGGGAAGGCUGUCCCCAGCGGAGAGCAGACUACAGUGUUGAAGUCCUAGAAGUUCAGCCUGGCGAUGGAGUAAAAUUCCCAGAUCUUCACAAGUGGCUGAAGAUCAAGAUGUUCUCUUUUGUGGAAAGAGAAGACGCGUUUGAAUCUGUUUACUUGCAUUGUGAUAUCGAAGUUUGCAAAGGAGCUCCGUGUCGGAGGACGUGCAACAGAAAGAAAAGGCAGUCUACUGUCCAAUGGGAUCUAAAGGAGAGACUAGUCCUUCAGCGUGAUGCUGUCUGUGGGGGGCCUCUGCUAUUGACCAGAUGACCAUCGGUCUGGAGUCAAUUUCAUGAUGGAUGGUUGUAAAACAGCCAGUGUAAAUAGAUAAAUGGGUGUUCAACAGUAAAAUAUGUGUAAUCUGCUGA